AUGAGGACGAGUAACUCAGCUAUGGUCGUGUUCCCGCUUGCCCUGCUCCUCAUGGUGACAUCAUGGCCCGCUAGCACGUUCGCGGAUUUCACCGACGACGCGACGCUGGAAAAGGAGCUCACCUUCGCGGGGCUCACGGGAUUCGUGAGCCUUAUUAAGCAGGGCGGCCUCUUGUCGGAGCUGGAGCUCCGCGCGCGAAAUGGAUCCGCCGUUACUCUCUUCGCGCCGACCAACGAGGCGCUCAUGCGCUCAAACCCCGCUUUCCUCGCCUUCCUUAAACUGCAGCGCAACGACCCGAUGCUUCGCGACGUGCUGAUGUACCACGUCAUCGAGAAGCCCGUGUCGGCCUUCGCGUGGGAAGGCUCGUUCAGCACGCUGCAGGGCGCGCCGAUUCAACUCCACGUGGACUCUCUCGCGUUUCAAGUUGGCGACUCGACGGUGAAGCAGUACAAGGCCGUCACCAUGUCCAUGGGCCUGGCUGACGGGCAGAGCGCGGAGGUUUUCGCGGGCACGAUCGUGGUUCAUUCCAUCAACUCGCUGCUCGUGCCUCCGGCUCUCGACGAAGCAUUUUUGCAGACCGACCUGAACACGAUCCUUGCCGAAGGAAACGAAUCUGACGGCGAUCAGGGCUUGUACGGCUCGGACAUCCGGCGGUCCAUGCUCGCCGGGGCACCAGGCUCCGAGCCUCUCCCAGGCCCUCCUGUCACUUCCUCACCGCCACCCCCGCCCAGCCCCACUGUCCCAGUCCAGCCGCUCCCUACCCCCCCGCCUGCUCCCACAACCGCGCCUCCGCCUCCCAAAUCUGCUCCUGGUUUGCUGGCUCUCCGGCAGCUGCUUCCAACCUUGAGCUUCGCCUUCCUCGCCCUCGCGGCGUUGUUUGAGUGUUUCCUAGCAAACACGUCCUGGACGACAUCCGCCUUUUCAGGAGGAGCCUCCUACCGCUGCUCCCCGUGUUCCGCGCCGCUGCCCGCGCCUUUUCCAACGAGUGGUAGUGUGACAUCGUUUCGCGGUUUAAAUACCCUCGAUGCGCUCAACGCGUUCGACGCGCUCGUGCUGUUCGUCAGCAAUGCGGCUUUUUGGGUGCAAUUACAGGGCACGGGCUUGCUUCUGCUCCUCGCUGUCCUGUGGUUCAAGGCCUCUCAGUUGCGCCUCAACGAGGCGCGCAGGAUAAUCAGGGAGAGACGCACUAUAGCAAUACGCGACGUGGCGAACGUCGCUGCCCUCGAUGUUGCCAGUGGUAGUUCUCACCCUGGUAAUCAUCUCUCGCAGGACGCGCAUCACGCGCAGCAGCCGCAGCAGCCGCAGCAUCACAUGCAAGACCACGCGCAGCAACAGCACGAGCUUCCCAAAGUGACGGUCGUUCUCGCCGUAAAAGGCUGCGCGGGCGACGCGGGGAUGAGCAACUGGCGCUCGCACGUCCAGACUCUGUACGGCGGCGCGACGGAGUUCAUCUUCUGCGUGGAAACCGCCCACGACCCCGCGUGCCGCGCGGUUAAGGCCCUCCAGCGCGAAAUGUGCGGACUUGCGCAGAUACGCCUCGUCGUGGCGGGCCUCGCGACGCGCUGCUCGCAGCAGAUCCACAACCAGCUCGCUGUCGCGAUGCGCGCGGGAGCGGACUCGAAAUACCUCCUCUUUUUAGACGACGACAUUCAAACCCACCCGGACACGCUCACCCUGCUCGUAACAGCCAUGGAGGAAAAUCCCAACGCGCUCGUCUGCACGGGCUAUUCCUUCGACUUCCCGGGUCCGGACCCGCAAACCAGGCGCAACCUAGCGGCAUACGCGGCCAUGGCGUAUCGCGUGCCCGUGCAGCUCGCCAUGGCGUCGGGCGGGAAGCAGCUGCCCGUGUGGGGCGGCUGCAUGAUGAUUCGCCUCGACGACCUCCGCGCCGACAGAUACGGCAUGUUGACGGCGCUCAGCGCGCGCGGGUACAGCAACGACCUCACUCUCUCCGCCAUCGCCGCGAGCAACGGCCGCGACGUCGUCUGCCCCGCGGCGGCGAUUUUCCCGGGGAGACUGUCCGGGUCGUGGACGUUCCAGCGGUACUGGAACUACGUGCGCCGGCAGACGUUCGCGCUCACGACCUUCUGCUCGCCCGUCGCGCUCGCGCUGAACGCGUGCGCGUUGCUGCUGUACGGGUACGGCUCGUUCUGCGUGCUCGCGCCGCUGCUGCCGUCGGCUCUCCGCGUGGCUCGCUUCCUCGCGUCUGUCUGGUGGAAUCGUCCGAGUACUGGACCUGACUGGUGGGAUCCGUUCCCUUCCAGCUUAUCCCUCCUCAACUUCCUCGCCAGUUUCUCCAGCAGCGCGUGCAUUAGACUCGUCCUCGCCAAUGCGAGCCUGCUCCUCGCACUGCUGUACCUCUCAAUGUUUGCCCUUGCGACGCUCGCAGGUAUCCGCCUGUUCCACACCACCUUCGUCCUCUGCAACCUCCUCUCCCCCGAGAAGCCCCCCAUCCGCCUGGGCAGCCUCAGCCUGCUGCUGGGCGUGGCGGGCAUGCUGGUCAAUCUCGCAAUUGUCCCUAUUGUGUCGGUGUACACGCUGCUGCAACCCGCGAUCACCUGGGCUGGAAUCACAUACGUGCGGCGCAGGGGGCUUAUUGUGGAGGUCAGGCAUCCCCAACUUCCGCAGGUGGGGCAGCAGCAGCAGCAGCAGCAGCAGCAGCACAGGCAGGAAAGGGACGGGGUUGUGAAGGGUGAACGGGAGGAAGUCGAGGGAACAGCGGAGGUGGAGGUGGAAGAGGAGGAUGGCGAGGAGCAGCAGCAGUGGCUGCUCCCCCUCCUCGCAUCAUCACCAGUUUAUGGCUUAAUCAAGCAGGUUGAUCGGGGGAGACUAGACAGAAAGCGGGCGCCAAACCCACCGUGA